AUGGCCAAAGAGCUCGUCUCUCUCCACUUUCUCUCACCACAAUUUCACAUUCCUAUCAGCCUCCGCCCUAAACCACCGCAAAACCCAAUCUUCCCCCGCCGCCGCAACAGAACUUCCAACAACGACGGCGGAGUCCCAUCCAACGAAGUCAAAACCAUCGCCAAGUUCAAAUCCCGACACAACUACAUACGAGUCAUCGAAGUCUCCCGGAGAAGCGACCACCCACUCGCCGGCUCUCGCCUCCUCCUCCUCGACACUCCCGGUAACAUCCACAGCAUCUCUUUCCUUCUCAAAACCUUAACCGAUAGUUACUUCGACGUUUUAGCUACCCUCCCUCCGAUUAUCCCACCAGGACCCAUCGGCGUUCUCGGGUUCGGAGCCGGGUCGACAGCCCGGUUGAUCCUCGAGCUUUACCCACCCGAAUACACUAUCCACGGAUGGGAAAUCGACCCUUCUGUGAUCGACGUAGGUAGAGAGUUCUUUAGCCUCUCUAAGCUCGAGAGAGACCAUAAAGGUAGGAUCUUUAUCAACGUCGGAGACGCCUUGGACGCUAGCGUUAGAGCCGGUUUCUCGGGUAUUCUAGUGGAUUUGUUUAGCGAAGGGAGUGUGGUCAAAGAGCUUCAAGAUCCAAAUGUGUGGAGGGAACUGAAGAGUAGGCUGAGGAAGAGAGGGAGGAUCAUGGUGAACGUUGGAGGAAGGUGUGUGGAAGCUGAGGAUUCAGAGAGGGAUGGAGAUUUGGUUAUGGUGGAAACGUUGAAAGCGAUGAGUCAAGUGUUCGGUGAGAAGCUCUUUGUGAUGACGCUUGGGAAUGGUGAUGAUAGCUCUGUGGCUUUAACCGGUGAUUUACCGGAUCUUGAUGCGUGGAAGAAGAGUCUCCCGGUUCGUGAGUUGCGAAGCUAUGUUGAUAUGUGGAAGCCUUUUACAGGUUUCACCUUGAGCUAAUCAUUUGACAGGGUUCAGCUUGAGCUAAUCAGUUUUUUUUGUUAUGGAUUCUGCUCUCUCUGUUUUGGAUCAUUACCAACCUAAAGUGUUCUGAAACACAAAACUUGUUCUGCCUCAAGACAGAGUUAUGAGUUCAUAAUGUACGAAUCGUUGGCUCUAUAUUGUGUUGUCAUUGUUGAAUCUUAAGGCUUUCUACACACUACUGUUGUGUGUAUGAUCCAAAUCACUGGCUAUCUUCUCUCA